GUUAUUUUUGAGUGUUGUUGACGACACGCUGAUAACCAGGAGUACGGUGAAAGUAACUUUAGCUAGCUGGUAUUUAGAAUUUUUGAAAUGUCUAACGCCACACCCGUGACCAAGCCUUCAAACAAAGAGAACCCCCGUGUCUUCUUUGAUGUAGACAUUGGUGGUGAAAGAGGUUAGGAUAUUUUCAAUAAAGGGCUUUAAGUCAUUCAACUGGACCCGCUAGGCUAAUGGCUAGCUAGCAGCACCGGGUGGUUUCUAGAAAAAGCAUUCAUGCUAGCUAUCAUGGUCUUACAUUGUUAACGUUACAGCGACCAAUUAAAGUAAAUAUUUGCAAUUCGCAUGCUGUUUUGAACCAUUUAGCUGCUUGUAUUGUUAGUUUUACUGUCUGAAUUUAACCAGUUAGUCUACUUUGUUACUAUUCAUUCCAUUCGCUUGAUACAUUACGUUCGAAGUAACAAGCACGUGCUGUCAUGUCUUUCAUAAAAGGUCAACACACCAGUAUCUACCAGAUUAGCUAGUUCAGGACUAAAAGGCUUAUUUUAUGAGUUACUACAUAUACUUUGAAAUUGCAUUUAUAAAGACCAGCUAUCCACACAAUGUCAUGCUAUAUCUAUAUUUUGUUUGUCACCAGUUGGCCGAAUCGUGUUCGAACUGUUUGCUGAUGUUGUCCCCAAAACUGCUGAAAACUUUCGAGCACUCUGUACUGGUGAGAAGGGAACUGGCAAAACCACCGGGAAACCACUCCAUUUCAAAGGAUGUCCUUUUCACAGGAGUAAGUAUACUGGAUUUCCACUGUUUGUUAGCCAGCAGAUCUUACCUGCUUGCUUACAGCUGGACUAGGGUCUAUUUAUCAAAGUCUUGUGAACAGCAAGCAGCGACAGCAUAAUUUUCAAAUUAAUUUCCAAUGGUAUUGUACUUAAUCAGGUAAAAAAUGCUGAAUGAGUCCAAACACGUGCUGUGAUUUAUUUAUUUUGAUGAUAUACCAGAAAUCACCUAAACUGGUUUGCCCUGCCUACACAUAGCUAUAUAUAGAUCACAUCAAUAAUGCAGUAAUACAUACAUUUUAUGGUAACAAACUGCAGUAAGAUAGAUAAUGACCUCAAACAUGUACGCUGUCAAUCAAUUUAAGUCAUCAAGCAGUUCAUGAUCCAGGGAGGAGAUUUCUCCAACCAGAACGGCACUGGAGGAGAGAGCAUCUAUGGGGAGAAGUUUGAAGAUGAGAACUUCCAUUACAAGGUAAGGAUUUUCAUAAUGGCACGGCAUAACAUAUAGGAGAUUUUCCUGACCAGUAUAAAGUCUGGGCUUUAGUUAUAGGAAAAACUCCUGGCCCUUAUCAUCACCUUAGCAUUUCUGUUUUCUUGGUCAUCAUUGAAUUAACAUGUGGGUGUCUGUCUCCUCUCCAGCACGACAAAGACGGCUUGCUGAGUAUGGCCAAUUCUGGACCCGCCACCAAUGGCUCCCAGUUCUUCAUCACCACUGUGCCCACUGCUCAUCUAGAUGGCAAACACGUUGUCUUUGGACAAGUCUUGAAGGGGAUGGGGCUGGUGAAAACACUGGAGGCCAUAGAGACCAACGAGGACACACCUCUCAAGGUAAAUCAAUGAAAGGAACUACCACUCUAUUGCCACAUUCAAUAACAUUCAGUAGCAGGAGUUUGGUGUAAUGUGUGUGUGAUGACAUUGUCUUCAGAGGUUGUAUUGGUACAUUAACGCAGCAGCAAGCUGUAUGUUUUGCCUUGCAGCAGGUAGAUGACCUAGUAUUUUUCUGUAGUGUGUGACACUUGUGAAAUGCGCAUCAUGCAUUUACAGUUCUGCUCUGAUUCUUUCCCCACAGCCAUGUGUAAUUGCUGAGUGUGGUGAGCAUAAAGAUGGAGACGACUGGGGAUUAGCACCGAACGAUGGCUCAGGGGACACCCAUCCAGACUACCCAGAGGACUCCGACGUUGAUUUAAAAGAUGUUAGUAGGACUACCACAUUUUUUUCUCUGAAGAUACUCCUGCUACCUCUCUGUUUCUGCCCCUAUGCCUGAUAUGAUCAAACUAGCAGAUGGUAUUAUAGCACUGAGUGGUGUGGUCUCAUUUCAUGAAGUCGACAGUUUUAUGUUUUUCCAGCUUUAAAACACAUUACCGGCCUCUGUUAUGGGAAGUCUAAACUGAAUUAGACAGUAAGUCCCUGACUUUCUAGUUUUUAGAGUUUUCCAUAUUUUGGAGUGGUGGGCCGCCACUGCUAAAUUCAUAUAGGGGAAACACUGAUUGCACCUGUACUACCAUUACUGUACCUCAAUUCCACCUCGCAUUUGCAUUUCCUUCUCAUUUAACUUCUCAAAGUAUUUCCAUACAGGACUUCGCUGCUGUCGCUUGUCUUUCUCUGCCAUUUUCCCAAAUGUUAACGACAAUAACGUAGUGGUGGAGAGUCGACUCCAAAUUCUGAGUGUCAAAAUUCUAUUCCGAUAGGAAUCGACUACUAAGAUUCAGUAUUUUUGGAACGGAGGAGAAUGAUUAGUUGCCGAGAACACAAACACUCACAUAUUUUAUAACGAGCUAGCGAGGGACGGAGAGAGGGGGGAGGGGCACAGUAUAUGCAGGUCGGCCACCAGCCAGACAGUCAGAACCGUGCACUAGGCCUAUCUGUCGGCAAUUAAAAGCUGUAUCUUGCAAUGGAAUGCUGCAUUUCGCAAUGUCUUGGCUUGCAAUGUCUCGCAACUUCAGUAAAGCAGGGCCUAUCAUUAAUGAAUAGGGUAGGAUGUUCUACACGCAACAGACCGAAGACUGAACACACACUGGCAUCAUUAGCAAAGAGAGAGAGAGCAGGCGAGCCAGUGCGAGGGAGAGAGGAGGGGGCAGGCUGAAAGAACCAUACGCAUAUGUCUUGGUAAUCUGUAUCUCGCAAUGUCUUGUCUUGCAUGUCUCGCAAAUUCACAAAAAUGUGCCUAAAGUUCUCCUCUUCGUCUCUGGUUCUAUUUAAAUUAAACAACUUUCCCCAGGCCUUUAUAGUCUAUUGUCUAGUUAGGCUAUAACAAGGAAAAUAAUAUGCUUUGUGAUAACUGCACUGUGAUUUGUGGUUAGGGGUGUUUCUUAACGAUAAGGAUCCCAAUUUCGUUUAAAUGUUCACACCCCUAAUAUGUGGAUGGAUUUAGUCUGUCAAAUUGAAAAGUGUCAUGAACUAUGCAUUGCAGUGAUUGUGAAAUGCUGACGCUGCACUGAUUGUGAAAAUAGCAUAAAAGUAUUUUUGGUUAGGUUGACAAAGUCCUGUCUGUUGCUGAGGAUAUUAAGAAUAUUGGGAACAACUUCUUCAAGAACCAAGACUGGCAGUCUGCAAUCCAGAAGUACUCCAAAGCUCUCAGGUGAAACAUUGUCCAGGGCUCACUCCACUCUCACUGUGACUUACAGUAUGUGUGUGUAUUAGGCCUGCUUGUGUAACAGCAUGACAUGCAUUUGAAUGCGCAAUGAUCAUAGGAGUUGGCCAAAUGGCACAAACAGAUCUGGGACCAGCCUAGCAAAGGACUAAAUGGUGAAACGUGUCUCUUGCCAGGUAUCUGGCGGUUGGCGGAGACGAGCAGGAGAUUGAGAAAGCCCAGGCGAAGCUGGAGCCCACGGCGGUGAGCUGCAUUCUCAACACCGCUGCCUGUAAACUGAAAAUGCAGCUCUGGCAGGAAGCCAUGGACAGCUGCGACGAGGUAAGUAUUUUAGGCCAAUAUGGAGGCAUUGAACAGUCAGUCCUGUGCAGACUCUGCCACCAGGAAACAGAAUCAAUAGAGCAUUUUUUUCUGGAACUGUCCAUUAGUGGCUAAUUUUUGGAGUCAGGUCCAGGAAUGGUUAUGUCACAAUAUCAGGGUUCAGAUGGACCUACAAACUGUGUUGUUCAGGGAUGCGAAAAACCACAAUCAGUCAAUGGGAAAUAUCGUUAUACUCUUGGGUAAAGUAUUUAUUUUUAGGGCAAUAUCUGUAGAAAUUUUACAUUUUAGUCAUUUAGCAGACGCUCUUAUCCAGAGACGCUCUUAUACAGUUAGCGAGUGCAUACAUUUUCAUACUGGCCCCCCGUGGGAAACGAACCCACAACCUUGGCGUUGCAAGCGCCAUGCUCUACCAACUGAGCUACAGGGGACUAUCUUGGUCAACCAACAGCAUAUCGACCAGUCUAAUAAUUGGGGUCAGACCUACUCAAUCAUGGGAUUUUUUUUUUUUUAAAUAAGGGGGAUUAGAAAUGAUGCAAACAAUUUAAAUUGAAAGAAAAAGUAUUUUAGGCCAGCCGAAAUCCUAGAAGCCAGCCCUAUCACGCUCCCACCACUAAGCUACGGUACAACUGUUUAAUAAUUGCAAAGAUUCAAAGGCCAUUCGUGGUCAGUACUAUAGAAGUAUGGAACUGAUUGUGAAUGCAACUAAGGAUUUGUUUUCGUAGAGUACUGUAAUAUUUCUAGUUACAUUUGUAGAUAUACAUUCUUAUUCAGUGUUAGAAAGGGAAAAAAAACACAGAAGUGCAGAACAGUCACUAUUUAGUCUGUGUGUUUGUUUUUCAGGCACUGGAGUUGAACCAGAAAAACACUAAAGCUCUGUUCAGGAGGGCCCAGGCCUGGCAGGGACUGAAGGAGUACAGUAAAGCCAUGGUAAAGAAAAAAGUUGAUAUACACUGUUAUCAUACUAACCAUAUAUCUGACUUCAGAAUGUGUAGCCUUGGUCCCAGCCUAACAAAAAUGUGCUCUCUUUCUGGACUGGAACCUAUGGUACAAGGAUAUUUUCCCCCACUGAUUAGAAUUCAUAUGGGUUAUUUGCACUAAAACAUGCCAUCAAAAGAGUUGGGGCGAAUCGAUUCUUAACACUAGAAUCCUUAAUUGAAACAAUAACAAAAUGGUCACUCCACCUGUGUAUUGAUAAAAAGCUGAGGGAUGUGCCUGGAGAAAUGUAACCACUCAAAUGCAUAGAGAGGGCUAUGGAUUUAAGGACUGACCAUCCAUGAUAUCAACAUUAUCAUUUUAACCACGUUCUGAAGCGAUACAGUGUUUUACAUUGUUUACAAACAUUGGCAUAAAACAAGCAUGUAUUUUGGGUUCUAAUGGGGUACGACAGUUGAACUAAGCUCAUGAGGCAUUUAUAAAUUAUAUUCUUCAAGAAUGAAAUGGGUAUAUAUAUCAUUAAUUUAUACGUCCAAAAAUGGAUGUAGCAACUGAGGAUUCCAGCUUUAAAUCCAGAAUUGGAGGAAGUGUUCAAUAACUGGCUCAUUGGAGUUUGACUUGUCUGUCGACUCACUGAAAUGUUUCUCACCUUUUGCCAUUAGAGUGAUCUGAAGAAAGCUCAAGAAAUAGCACCAGAGGACAAAGGUUGGUACUGCUUCUUUACGGUAACAAUCAAUCCAGCGGAUCAUGUGUCCUUAUGGCUGCAUUUACACAAGCAGCCCAAGUCUAAUCUAUUGCCCAAUUAGUGGAAAAAAUAUUAGAAUUGGGCUGCCUGUGUAAAUUUAGCCAUGUGUUCUUUUCAAUAUUCUAAAGGCUAACUAUAACUGAGAAUAAAUGGUCCAUAGUGAGAGCAGUAUGAUGCUCAUCAAAAUAACUUAUUUACAAAACCCCUUCAUGACAUAAUGUGCAACAUAGAUUUGCUAAUUUUGUCGUGAUAGGUUGUUUUCCUUGCCUGACAAGUGAAUUUACUUGUUCAUCCUUUGACAGCGAUCGGAAACGAGAUGAAGAGAGUCCAGUUGAAAGUGAAGGAGGAAAAGGAGAAAGAGAAGCAAAUCUAUGCAAAAAUGUUUGCAUGAAGAUCAUCAGACAAUCAUUUGAUAUAGGCCUACCCUUGAUGUCCACUCGCCAGUAAUUAGUUAUUUCUGUAAGGCAGCUAGCUACAAUACAGGUCCCAAUUGAAAACCAUCGCUGUAUAAUAUUGGCUGUUGUUGGAAGUUCCUUUUAUGUUUUAUGAGUGGCACAUAAGGGUAGCCGAAAAUGAAGUGUGGGUAAAGAGGAAGCUCAACCCUGUCUGCAUUUUACUAUUCGUUUAUUUGGAGGGUUGUUCUGUCAAUGAUACUCAUGUUUACAAAGAACUACUGUAAUAUCCCUUUGUCUGAAUGUUUAAGAUAAGCCAUAAGAUGAAAUGUGGUUGGUUAGUUAAGACUCAAAUUCUGGACUUUGCCUACUCCACCUGUAUGCAGUGCAAUUAAAUUCUACCUGUACGUUCAA